UGUGUGUGUAAGGCAUACUGUAGGUUCACAGCGACAGGGAGUACUUAAAUAUUAAACGCUUUGGAGAGGUACACCAUUGUUUGCCCUCCAUUUCAGAGAGGCAGUUGUGGUUGGUUGGGAGCAAAUGGCAACAAAGGCAGAGCUGCUGGGACUUCAGUGACAGCGAGAGAGGGAGUGCAGUCAGGUGUAAAACCGUUUGACAAAGGACGUGAACCAUGGAGAAACCAAGACAGAACUGACUGUAAAAUGUUAGUAGACAUUGGACUUUUGGUACAUUAAACAUGGAUGGAACUGUGAGUGGGACAUCAGAUCUUCAAGAGACCGGGGAUCUAGAAAAUAAACCUGGAGAGGAAGAGGACAGGAUCUCGGAUGUUGUCGUGUCUGAAGCUCCUGUCGAGGGAGAUGUGGAGACGGGGCCACAGAACUCCAGGGACAGUCGCAAACUGGACUGCAUCGUCUGCUACAGUGUGUAUAACUUGGGAGAGCGACUACCUCGGAAACUCUACUGUGGUCACACUUUUUGCCAGGCUUGUCUAAAGCGGCUGGACACCGUCAUCAAUGAGCAGGUGUGGAUCCCCUGCCCACAGUGCAGGCAGAACACUCCCCUUCCUCGAGGGGGCGCAACCGGACUCGACCUAGACCUGGCAGCAUUUCUGGGUGUUAAAGCCGAGGUUGAAAACCAGCGAAUCUACAGCCAGAAAGCACCGCUGGAAACCAAGAAUUCUUUUAUAAAACAGCCAAUCACAGAUCAGCCUCCCUCAGCCUGGGCCAAUGUGGCAACAGCCGAACGUCGUUUCCAUAGGAGCCCAUGCUGUAAGCACUGUCUGCUCUGCUGCUGGUGGUGCUAAUGUUCAUAAACCUGCUGAUAUUACCAUGUCAGACAUUGCAAAAAUAUGGCUUUGACCAGACACAUCUAAUAAUGGAUGUUUGCACUGUUCAAUUGCCGAAAUCUGAAUUUUCUUCACAUAAAUGCCUGGGACAAUAAAACAGGUUGCAUUUGGGUACCCAAA